AUGCCAAGUACAUCACCUGCAACUACUCUUACUACUGGUAAUAAUGAGCCAAGUCUCUCUGGUACAACAUCCGAGUGGCUAAAACAAAAACUCGACUCAAUAGAGUGGCACAUGCCUACUCAAGAAGGUCCAACGCCCAUGGAAUAUACCGGGCCUAUUUCAGGCCUCAAAGAAAUAUACUCAGGCAUUCUUGCUAAUGCUUCGCCAAUAGACUAUUUCGAUUUGUUCAUGACUAACGACAUUAUUCAGCAUAUUGUAGACCAAACGAAUUAA